GCUAUUUGCGACAAGAUCGUUACCAAUAACUCCAACCUCAGAUAAGUACUCAGAUGUACGGUUCCUAGGCGUAUAAGGAGUCACUAGCUAGUAAAGUCUGCCACACUACUUUCCUGACAGGGAUAAAUGUGUGUUUUAUGACCAGAAUUUCGUUUCGCCCUCAGGCAGCAAAUUUGCACAGCCUCAACAUCUCAGCCUCGUCUUACCUCGACAUAAGUACGAUCAUUUUCUCUUCAAAUGCCUUCGUCAAAUCGAGCUCUAUUCUCCUGUCCUGAUGACUCAAAUGCCGGGCUAUCCGUAUUCACCUUUGGAAGGCUCGGAUGGCAUCAGGCUGCUGACGAUCGAGGCCGUCGACCCAGAGGAAGAAUGCGCUGAAAUACGAUGCAAAAUCGAAAAAUUCCGCCUUGAGAGUGCUCCACCGUACCGUGCACUUUCAUAUGCUUGGGGACAUACCAAUUCGAAAGCCAUCAUCUUAGAUGGAUCUCGUGUCAAGAUUCGAGAAAACUUGUGGCACGCGUUGUGGAACCUUCGAGACAGGGGCUUCAGCGUCCCAAACUUGACGACCCGUUAUCACUUCACGAAAGGCGACACCAAAUGGAUAUGGAUCGAUGCCUUGUGCAUUGAUCAGCGAAACACCGCGGAAAGAAAUCAUCAAGUUCGUCUCAUGGGCCAGAUCUACAAAACCGCCGUUGAAGUGGUCGCGUGGCUUGGCUGCUUGAAGGAGAAAUCGAAUAACGGUCGAGAUUUCUACGAUGUAUACGCAUGGAUGAUCGGACUCAACAAGCUAGCUGAGGAGACCCAGCUAGGGGAUGGAGAUUAUUACCUGGCAGGGACUCACCUUCUCCCGGAAUUCAACCCGAUCACAGUUUUACAAUUCUUCGAUCGGCCUUAUUGGCGACGGAUGUGGAUCGUGCAAGAGAUUGGCUUAGCAUCAGAUAUUACCAUUCUAUUUGACGAUCUCUCCGCAAACUGGAAGGGUCUUCAUCGUCUACGAAUGUUACUGAGUUCUCCAAGUUUGGCUCCUGCUCCGGCCUUUACUGCAAGGUUUCAAUUAUUAAGGACCAACGAGAAGGUUCAAGGCAGUCAGGCUUUCAGCUUGGAUCGUCAUCGAACUUCUCAGCAAAGCAACAAGCUCGAGGACUUAAUAGAGACUUGUCAAGAUUCGAUUUGCAGUGACCCAAGAGACAAGGUUUACGCACUUCUAGGACUUGCCGUUGACUGUCAGAACGAUGAAUUGGCGGUGGAUUAUUCCAAAACUUUGUUUCAGAUAUAUGCAGACGUUAUUAACUUCUAUCAUCCAUCUCAUAGUCGCGAGGGCGGACCCAGUCAACAUACUGUUCGGUUCAGUCAAAUGCUUCAACGGUCCUUUGACCGUCCCUCAGAGCUGCGCGAUGGGGCCGACAGGUAUCUACUAGCACCUGACUCCGAGCUCAGCCUGUCUGCAAUAAAUAUAUUUGGCAUUUGCACUAGCAUAAUCUCAGGCCUUGGCCAGGCUUGUAAUUCAGCUACUAUAUUGUUACAGCUGUCGAAACUGCCUCCACAUCAUAUAGAUGCUAGAUCUCGCGAGAAUAUGUCACGAACGAUCGAGGAUAUGAGAAAAGUAAUACCGAUCAGCAGCCAGACUUCGUUUGCUUUGCAAGCCCAAAAUGCGACUCGCUUUUUAGUAUCAAUCAACACUUCAGCCACCCCGUCAUCGAAACAGAUCAAAAAAUCACACAGUACCCAGGAAUCGCAAAACUGUUUGCCCUUUGUGAUGGACAAUGGUCAGACCGGCUACGUUCCGAUGAAUGCUCGCAUUGGGGAUUCGAUAUGCCAAUUCCUUGGAUGUGAUGUUGCAGCUGUCCUUCGUGAAAGACCUGGCGGAUACGACAUUGUUGGAAGGGCUUUAGUCGACAAGUCCGUCGCAGAGUUGCAAGGAAACGCCGAGAGCUGGACCAAGAAAUAUUCGUAUAGCGUGCCAGACUUCGGCUCAACUUUCACCUGGACCCCAGAGCAGGCUAUGUACCUUUAUUUGGAUAUGGCCACAUUGCAACAGCUGACCGCCUAAAUACGAGAUUAGUUAGCAUCUUAGCUGAGAAUCGGAAUUGAACGCGCCCUUUUUUUUUUGAAAUCGUCG